UUAGAAUAACACACGACUGUUCUGGAAACAUAAAUCUGGAAUGGCGAGCGACGCAACGCCGACGGCUUCCAAUGCUCUCGAGCAGCAGAAGAUGGUACAGACGAUAGCGGCCAUAGAGCUGUAUCAUGCACAACGCGAGGUUGCCAACUAUCUGGAGCUGGCCUAUCUGAACCUGGCGGAUCACCCCGAUGUCGCCAGAGAGGUUCGGAUGACGGCGCAUGCAGCGCGGUCACAGCACCUGCUGACGUCAGGCCUGAUGAAAAAAUUUACAGUGACUGCUGGUCACAUACUCAAGACAAUGAUUCCUAUGAUUUUGGACGCCGUAGAUUUGCAGGAUCGAGACAUCAUUAUCGACGCCUUUGGUCAGAUUAUCCAAAAUGCUGAGUCCAUGAAAAAGGAAUCAGAAGACACGAGGUCAAGCUACCUAACCCUGCAAACAGAGGUACAAAGGAAUAUGGCAUCUGUUAAUGACAGAAACAAACAUGUCGUCAAAGAAAGCGAGCGGCUGCAGGUAGAAAUGGAGCGAGAAGAAGCGUUGGCCAGGGCUGCAUCACUAGCUCAGAAAGAACUUGAAGAAGAAAAGAAAAGGAUGGAAGAAGACUUAGAGUCCUUGAAAGGACAGAGAGAUCGAAUGUUUCAAGUUGCAGAGGGUGCAGGUCGUGAUAUGUCAGUAGAUGACGACAAGACAUUCCUGGACGACAGCAUUCGGCCAAGCGCGGCCAUGGUGGGUGGCGUCGGAGUCGUGUUAGAGGUUGUCGGGAAGGCAGUAAACUUGUUCACUAGCAUGUUUAAAGGAGACAAGAAGAAAGACAGGUACAAAGAGCUAAUGAAGGGAUACCAAACCGCAGAAGACAACGUGCACAGGGCACAGAAAGAACGCCGUGUUGUCGUGGAACGUAUGACUGAGCAAAGGAAAGAAGCGCAUCAACGUCUGGCGAAAAUGAAAGAACUCAGUAUGCAACAAGCUGGCCUUGGCAAUGUCGAAAGUCUCAGGGAGGCCUCUCUUCAUCUCGGGGACGUGGACCGUCAGUUCACGAGAAUCAUUCAGUUCUGGGAGAACAUGGCUGCUACUCUGAAGUACUUGAAAGAGGAUGUACGGUCCGGGGAAGUUUACUUGAAGAAAAUUGAAGACGAGAGAUACGCACAACGGUUCAAGAAUUCCAUCAGUAGGGCUGAAAAGGACUGGCAGUUCUUUGGCAAGAUAUGCAGUGACUACGUCCAGGAAAGUGACACUGAAAUCAUGCAGUUGUACAACUUCCUGUCAUCGCCUAUCGAUCACAUGUCUAAUGCCGACAGAACAGCGAGGCAGAAGGCUCUGAUAUGCUCUAUAGAGGAUGACAUCGACUCCGCGUUUGGGGAGGAACAUUAACGUUAUUUCUUUACCAUUGACCUAUCGAUUGUUUUUUUUAUCUGUUUGCUUAUUUUAAAAAACAAUUGAUAAUAAUGAUAGCGCAUGAACACUUCUCAUUAUCUGUUUAGUAGUAUCGAAUGUUUGUAUUUCGUUGUUCAAUAAGUUUUAAGUGUGGUGAUUAUGAUGUCAAACAUGCUAUAUCACAUUUUUUUUUUUAAAUGUCAGUGUCAUUUACGACACGAAUGCGUUCUCCUUUGUCAUUGUACUAGAUGAUUCACAGAAUUAGUAAGAACUAUUGCAAUUUUACUAUGACAUACUGAAUUAUUAUAGAGCAGUCAUAACGUUUUAUCCAUGUUUUAUGACCGAUUGAAUGAACUAUGUUAUAACAUAUUUUUUUAAAUAAAAACAACAUGUAUCUUGU